CGUAUUUAGAAGAUAAUGUUCAUGUUCAUAAGAGUAAUUACUCCUUCCACAAGCUCUAAACAAGUCAGCUCGCGAGCUUAGCUCAACAAGCCACCGAGUCAAGUUAGUUCACGAGCUUAUCAACCUAGCAUGGUCUAGCUCAAGCUUGGCUUGUUUACUAAUGAGUUGGUUCACGAACCAACUUUUUAAAUAACGAGCCGAGUGUCGAACGUGUUUUUUCCGAUUCGAAUGCCGAGUUGCUCGCGAACGAUUUGACUCAUUUGCGGCCCUACUCAAAAUGAGGCCACUUUUUCAAAGGCAUUUCAGUCAGCAUGGUACUGUGUGGUGUUGGGACUGUGGGCCUAUGGAAAACUAUUAAGGUUGUUGUGGUUUUGAAAGUUUGAAACCUAAGUGGCCUGAGGUUGAGUAGUCGGCAAUGUUGUGGAGUAAAAGGCACAUCCCUCGAUUUAGCUUUAUAGUUUGGAUGGUUAUGUUAGAUGGAAUCGUUACUAGAGACAACCUGAAGGUGUGGUGAAAGAUCAUGGUAGGGCACUGUUUGUUGUGUGAUUAUACUAUGGAAUCCGGGCAACAUAUUUUCUUUCCGUGUGUUCAUAUUUCAGGAAGUUAUUGGACUAUAUAUGCUGUCGUAGAUUGCUUAUCCUAAGGAUCAUGUCCUGAUUAUGUUGUAGGCUGUCAUCUCAUCUCAUCUCAUCUCAUCUCAGCAAGAAGAUGCAUGUUGGAUGCAUUUUUAUGGUGUAUGUUCUGAUUAUGUUCUUGCAUACUAGUUUUGGCAAUAAAAAUGGAAUAGAUUCAACAAACAAAUCUUUGGUUUAAUGCCCUCCCUCAAUUAAUUCAUUGUGACACAUUUUAUUCGACGGUACUCUGGAUGGUAAAUACGAUUUGAUGGGUUACUUUUUAUUGGCAUUGGAAACACAUCAACCUCAAUUAAUCAAUGGAUGAUAUAAUUUUUGUUUUUAUUUAAAUUUAAAAAAUUUGGAUCAAAUCUCAUUCUUUUUUUUUUUUUUUUGGAUCAAAUCUUAUUCUUAGAAGAAGCAACAUAAUUCAUUAGAUGGUCCUGAUGUUGGUCUUUAUGAGAUCAUGAGCUUACCUGUCAUCAAACUGCUAGCCUGAUCGGUACACUUGUCGUAGAUGCCAAAUAAUUAAAAGACUUAAAACAAUUUCAUGUUGAUAAACUAAAAGCAUGUUCAGUUCUGAAAGUGUUCCAAAUAUAGGAUUCGUCCAAAUUGGCAUUGGUUCCUUCCUCUUACGAGAAACAAGAAGGCUUUCGAUCUCUCAUUUUUUUCAGAUCCAUUUCCUGUUUGUUGUUUCAUCUUUCUUGAUUUCAAUCGUGGGAGAUGGGAGACGCGAGUGGUCAAUCGAGGUACGUGAAGUUAACAAAGGAACAAGGUCCAGCCGAAGACAUCACUCCCGGCGAACUCAAUCAGCCCAUCCAAGUCCCUCAGCUGAUCAUCCACCGAUGCCAUGAAUGUGGGCAACCUCUGCCGGAGAGCUACGAGCCUCCCGCCGACGAGGACUGGACUACCGGCCUCUUCUCUUGUGCUCAAGAUCCCGAUAGCUGCCGAAGGGGUCUGCUGUGCCCGUGCGUGCUGUUCGGCGAAAACGUCGAGACGGUGAGGGGUGAAGAGUACUGUCCAUGGAGGCACGCCUGCGUGUGUCACGCCAUAUGCGUGGAAGGAGGCAUCGCCGCGGCGGCACUCACGGCCGUCCUCGGCGGGAUUGAUGUACAGACGUCUCUCCUGGUGUGCGAGGGAUUGCUGUUCGCGUGGUGGAUGUGCGGAAUCCACACGGGACUCUUCCGGGAGUCGCUGCAGAAGAAAUAUCAUCUCAAGGAAUCGCCAUGCGACGCAUGCCUCGUCCACUGCUGCUUCCACUGGUGUGCCAUCUGCCAGGAGCACAGGGAGAUGAGGAACCAUCUCUCCUAUGAUUCCUCUAUGCAAGUCACCGUCGUCAACCCUCCUCCUAUUCAGCAAAUGACCGUCAUUCAUCACGACGCCUCGACAAUUUCGUCGUUGCCAUCCGUUGCUACUGCAGCCCAGCCGGUUGUAUCGGACACUGGCCAUGUCAGGCUAGAGAUACAGCCUGUGUAGUACAUACAUACAAACAAUUGCCAAGUAUUUCUUUAAAUGCUGUGGCCAACUCCAGUGUCACCAAAUAAUUUUCACCCUCUUGAGUUCCUGCUGUACUACGAUGUUUGGAAAAGUUCUCUAGCUUACGGGCCAGUCUUUCUUCUUUCCCUUGUUUUCUUGAUCAUCAUCAUAGAACACAGAGCGUUAUUUUACUGGAGAUA